CGUCAUCAAUUCGCGCCAAACAAAGCUCCAUGUGCAAGAGGAGAAAAACCUGAAGCGGAGAAAGUUUAGUUUUUGGUUUUUUUGUAGUUUGUCAUGAAAACACGUAAAAACAUGAAUCUCGGGGGGGGUGAGGUUCUCAGCAAAGUCCCGUUGGUUCGGUUUCGAGCUGAAAAACCGAAGCUCCCGUGAAGACAAAUAAAGGAGAAGGAAAAGAAAGAAAAAUAGAAAAAUCCCGGCGUUUAAAAAUUAAAGUCCGGUGGAGCUGGAGGAGAAAGUUGGAGUUUCUAAAGGAUGUUUCUUCCUGCUUCCGUUGUGUGACGAAUGAAAGGAGAACCAGAUGAGUGAGGAAAAGAUGGAGGGAGGCCGUCAAGAAAGGAGAGGGGAGGAAGAGGAGGACAGAACACUAAAAACUCCAUCCAGGAGGAGAGAAGAAGAGGAGGAGGAGGAGGAGGAGAUAGAAAUGAUGAAGGCAAAAGACUUCAAAGCCAGAGCGCAAAGGGAGCUGAUUGGUGGACACGCUCCGAUCUGCGCCUCCUCCUCCUUCACCUCCUCUCCUUUCCUCUCCUCCCCCCUCCGCCGAGGAAGAGGAGGAGGAGGCGGCGGCGAGGACGACGCGGAGGAAGACGAGGUCAGAGUCGCCAUAGUCACCAUCGAGGACGAGUCCUGUCCGUCCGAGCCUUUCGGCACCACCCACCUGGAAACGGCCAAUCAGAUCACACGGACCGAGGCCGGAGGAGACAAAGUGGAGAAAAGGGAGGCGGAGGAGGACAUAAAAGAGGAAGAGGAGGAGGAGGAGGAGACGGCAGCAAACAGUGAUCAAAGAGAGGAGGAGGAGGAAGAGGAGAACGCAGAGGUGACGUCACCAUCGCUGCACCUGGCGAGCCAGAUGAAGAGGAAGUUGGAUCAUGGUCCCGACGGCCGGCCGUUCCCCUCAGGGAAGAAGCACUGCAAAGGCAGCGGAUACCUCAGUCCUUCCAGUCUGGUUCAGGCCACGCCCACCACCUUCGGCGACCUGCGACUGGCCAACGGGCAUUCGGCUCAGCGGCGGCGGGUCACCUCGGGCCCACCCCCCUCUGGCCUGCAGGACUGGCUACACACCUUCCAGACAUGGAGCGGUCCCGAGAGGCUGUUGGCUCUGGACGAGUUGAUUGACAGGUGUGAGACCGGUCAGGUGAAGCACAUGAUGCAGGUCAUCGAGCCCCAGUUCCAGAGGGACUUCAUUUCCCUGCUGCCCAAGGAGCUAGCGCUGUAUGUGCUGACCUUCCUGGCUCCCGGUGACCUGCUGCAGGCCGCCCAGACCUGCAGAUACUGGAGGAUCCUGGCCGAAGACAACCUGCUGUGGAGGGAGAAGUGCCGCGAGGAAGGUAUAUCAGAGUGUGUGUCAGCUCGUCGCAGGAAGUGUGCGAGGCCGGGUGCGGCAGCCAGCCCGUGGAAAUCGGCCUACAUUAGGCAGCACCGCAUCGAAAACAACUGGAGGAAGGGGGACACGCGCGAACCCAUGGUGCUGAAAGGUCACGACGAUCACGUGAUCACCUGUCUCCAGUUCAGCGGCGACCUGAUUGUCAGCGGCUCCGACGACAACACACUCAAAGUCUGGUCGGCCAUCACCGGCAAGGUGGGACGCUGUGUGGUGGUGUCGGGCUCCCGGGACACGACGCUGCGGGUGUGGGACGUGUCGACGGGUCGCUGCGAGCACGUGCUGACGGGCCACGUGGCGGCGGUGCGCUGCGUUCAGUACGACGGCCGCCGCGUGGUGUCGGGCGGCUACGACUACAUGGUGAAGGUGUGGGACCCCGAGACGGAGGCUUGUCUGCACACGCUGCAGGGACACACCAACAGAGUGUACUCGCUACAGUUUGAUGGUGUCUUCGUGGUGAGCGGCUCAUUGGACACUUCAAUCAGAGUCUGGGACGCAGAGACAGGUGGGUGUGUCCACACGUUGACCGGCCACCAAUCUCUGACCAGCGGCAUGGAGCUGCGAGACAACAUCCUGGUGUCCGGCAACGCCGACUCUACGGUCCGGGUGUGGGACGUCCGGAUGGGACAGUGUCUCCACACGCUGCAAGGUCCUAACAAGCACCAGUCGGCGGUGACGUGCCUGCAGUUCUGCCGAGGUCUGGUCCUGUCCAGCUCCGACGACGGGACGGUCAAACUGUGGGACCUGAAGACCGGCGCCUGGCUGAGGGACGUGGUGGCGCUGCAGAGCCGGGGAUCAGGUGGCGUGGUGUGGCGAAUCAGAGCGUCCGACACUCGGCUGGUGUGCGCCGCCGGCAGCCGGAACGGGACGGAGGAAACCAAGCUGCUGGUGUUGGACUUUGACCUGGACGACAAGAAGAUAGAGACGGAUUGAGGAGGAGGAUGUAAUAUCAGACAGACAGGUACGAAUGUUACGGCGCGUCCCGAUUGGCCGGCAGAGACAGGUGGACGAAUCACAAGACGGCGUCAGCGAUAAAGAAAACAGUUUCAGGACGACAGAAAACGGCUGCAUCGGCACGAAAGACCAGCCUGGCGGGAGCUGCAGCGACAACUGGACGUUUGACGCUUUGACGGACGUAAAUGUCUUCUGUGACAAACGGAUAUACCUUGGUAGAAUGUAACCAAUGGGGGGGGGGUUUGAGGGCAUUGACUUAUUGCUGCUGAACCAAACCAAAUGUACCAAAUCUUGACGGCUGGAGACACACGGGCAACUUUUAGGAGCGACGGCGACGUUGCUUUGAUCUGAAACGAAUGUGAACAGUUGAUACAAACAGAACCUCAUAUACAGUCAGUAUUGUUUUCCCGUUGCCUCUAAACGUACGUCGUGUGUCCCGGCUCUGCAGUACUGUAACAUAUGUAGAGGCUGGAAAACUGAACGCUGGCUGUUACCGUCGGUCGGUGACUGGUGGGAUAAAAGUUGUUUUCUGUUUUUGUUUUUAGGACUAAACUACAAAUCCGUAGAAUCCAGCCACAACCAGAGUCUCACAUCUA